AUGGUGCCCAAGGCGGACAGCGGCACCUUCCUCCUCCUCUUCCUCCUGGUGCUGAGCAUCACCGAGCCGCUGCGGCCAGAGCUCCGCUGCACCCCAGGGCAGUUUGCGUGUCGGAGUGGAACCAUUCAGUGCAUCCCUUCCAAUUGGCAGUGUGAUGGAUGGCCCACCUGCGAGGACGAGAGCGAUGAAGUUGACUGUCCAGGCUUGACAGGGGACCAGCGAACUUCCCAUGGGAAGGAGAAUGUGGACUCGAGGCACGGUCGAGGCAGAGGAGGAGAGACCACCCGCUUCCACACCGUCAACGUGGCACAGCCCGUCCGCUUUAGCAGUUUCCUAGGAAAGUGCCCAACAGGAUGGCACCACUAUGAGGGCACAGCCAGCUGUUACAGGGUGUAUUUAAAUGGGGAGAACUACUGGGAUGCUGUACAGACAUGUCAGCGGGUGAACGGAUCCCUCGCCACCUUCACUGCCGACCAGGAGCUGAGGUUCAUCCUGGCACAGGAGUGGGACUUGGAAGAAAAAGCAUUUGUAAGGAAGGACCAGCGUAGGUUCUGGGUGGGAUAUCAGUAUGUGAUCACCAAUCGAAAUCACUCUCUGGAAGGUCACUGGGAAGUAGCUUAUAAAGGCUCUUCAGAAGUGUUUUUACCCCCUGACCCUAUCUUUGGGACGGCUAUGUCUGAAAAGGAAAAUGUUCUUUGUGCCCAGCUCCAGUGUUUCCAUUUUCCUACCCUCCGGCACCACGGUUUACACAGCUGGUAUGCUGAAAACUGCUAUGAGAAAUCUUCAUUCCUCUGCAAAAGGAGCCAGACUUGCGUUGAUAUCAAAGACAACAUUGUUGAUGAAGGCUACUAUUUCACCCCCAAAGGGAAUGAUCCCUGUUUGAGCUGCACAUGUCACAAUGGUGAACCUGAGAUGUGUGUGGCUGCUCUGUGUGAGCGGCCCCAGGGCUGUCAGCAGUACCGCAAGGACCCCAAGGAGUGCUGCAAAUUUACCUGUUUAGACCCAGAUGGCAACAGCCUGUUUGACUCAAUGGCCAGUGGAAUGCGCCUGAUCGUGAGCUGCAUCUCCUCCUUCCUCAUCCUCUCUCUGCUGCUCUUCAUGGUCCACAGGCUGCGCCAGAGGCGGAGGGAGCGCAUAGAGUCUUUGAUUGGAGCAAAUUUGCACCAUUUCAACUUGGGCCGCAGGAUGCCUGGUUUUGAUUAUGGUCCCGAUGGUUUUGGAACUGGCCUUACUCCACUGCAUCUUUCAGACGAUGGGGAAGGUGGAGCAUUUCAUUUUCACGAUCCCCCUCCUCCCUAUACUGCUUACAAGUACCCAGAUAUUCAACAUCCUGAUGACCCACCUCCUCCUUAUGAGGCUUCUGUCAAUCCAGACAGCAUCCUUUGUUCCACUCCAGAUGGAGUGCUUUCUCAGGCUGUGCAAAGCAGUCCUCCAUCACUAGGAAACUGUGAUGUAUCCCCACAGCUUACAGAGGGAUCCCUUCCUCCCUCAGUUGGUCCUUCUCCAGUGGAGCUGGAAGAUUCUGCUGACAGCAGCACCUUUCUUGUCCCUCCUGACACACCCAUAAAUGAAAACACCCCAGCAGAAACUUUGACAGGCAGUCGCCACAGCCACUGUUCCCUCAACACCAUUGUAUAAAGGAGAGAAACGCCCAGCACUGCUCAGAGUUUUAGCAACUGUUUGCACAGACAAACACUAAUCCUUGGCUUGAACUUCAGAAGGAAUCUCCACUUUGUUUUUCAAGCACUGCUUUUAUGUUCUAGGUUAGGAUCGUGCCUCUUGUUUUUUGGCUGUCCUUAUUCAUUCACUAAUCAGUUUGUCCUGUAAAUAUGGAUUGUACAACUGCUCUUUUGUCCCAUUCUCUGUGGAAAGGAGAGCAGAGAAUUCCUUUGACUUCUGAGGAGGUGAGAAGUAUGGGUAGUUUGGGUUGUUUUGUUGUUUUUUUUUUCCUUAACCUGAGAGGAAUCAAAAUCUACAUCAGAAAAAAGCUGCUUGGAUUUGGCUGGAUACAACUGGACCCAGGAAACACAAUGGAAAAGAAGGGUGGGGGCAAUCUCUGUUCAUGCAGAGAAGAUGGAGCUGCAGGGGAGGGGCUUGGGGCCUUUUUUAUGGAGUGGAACACAUGCCAUCAAGAGUUACACGGUGUAAAGCACUUGGGGUUUUGGUCUGCCUCGAUCAGAACACCAGAGGAACUGCAGAAGGAAUGGUCUGUGCAAUGUGUGACCAGUGGGUACUGAGAAAACCAGGAUUUGCAAUUACAGCGCUCUGUUGUCAGUACCUGCAAAACCUCUGUUGGUUAAACUUCUGGCCCAUGAAGAAAACUGGGUGUGUGUGAUGUCCCUUUGGUAGAACCCUCACUUGUGUUAGGAAGUAUUUUAGGGAAGAGAUGAGAGCAAUUAACUUUGAUGCAGCCUGAGUUCACUGUAUGAAGCCCCUGUUUGUUCUAAUCCCAUAAGGAAGAUUGAGGUAUUUUCUUUCUGGUUUAACUUCUUUACAGUGAAUGGUUGCACAAAACUGGCCUGGAUAAAAGACCACUCUUCUUGCUUUUUUUAUUGCAUGCUAUAUUUAGCAUGUGUGUUCCCUCCCCUUCAUUUCACUUCUUUGCAGUUCUACAAAUACCACUUAAAAAUGGUGAUCAACAUGUGCUAUGGGUGAUGUUUAAUUCUAAUUGGACACUUGUUCCUUAUCUCAGUCCCAUGAAUAGCCAACCCUGUUCUAGAGAUUUCCCCUGUGCCCCCCAAACCGUUUAUCCAGGUCCCAUGAGGGGUUAUAAUGAGGUUAGUGUACUUAAAUCAAUAAAGCAGUUUGCUUUUGUCUGA